AUGUUUUCUUUGAGGACCGCGCAGUCGGCGCAGUCGGAUAUUUUCAAGCCUACCAAGUAUGGUGGUAAAUACACCGUCACUCUCAUUCCCGGUGACGGAAUUGGCGCCGAAGUCGCCGAGUCGGUCAAGACCAUCUUCAAGGCCGACAAUGUGCCCAUUGAGUGGGAGCAGGUAGAUGUUAGCGGUGUGGAUACGGGUAAUAAGCACUCGGAAGAGCUCUUCAAGGAAUCCAUCGCAUCUCUCCGCCGCAACAAGCUGGGUCUCAAGGGAAUUCUCUUUACCCCGGUUGAGCGCUCGGGUCACCAGUCGUUCAACGUUGCUCUUCGCCAGGAACUCGAUAUCUUUGCCUCGAUCGUUCUUAUCAAAAACAUUCCGGGUUACCAAACACGCCACAAGGAUGUGGAUCUUUGCAUCAUCCGUGAGAACACCGAGGGUGAAUACUCGGGUCUCGAGCACCAAUCGGUGCAGGGAGUUGUUGAAUCCCUGAAGAUCAUCACUCGUGCUAAGUCCGAGCGCAUCGCCAAGUUUGCCUUUGGCUUCGCCCUUGCGAAUAACCGAAAGAAGGUCACCUGUAUCCACAAGGCCAACAUUAUGAAGCUCGCCGAUGGCUUGUUCCGCAGCACUUUCCACAAAGUCGCCGAAAACUACCCGACCCUGGAGGUCAAUGACAUGAUCGUUGAUAACGCAUCCAUGCAGGCUGUCUCGCGGCCCCAGCAGUUCGACGUCAUGGUCAUGCCAAACCUUUACGGAGGCAUUCUCUCUAACGUUGGUGCCGCUCUUGUUGGCGGACCCGGCCUGGUUCCCGGUUGCAACAUGGGCCGGGAUGUUGCCGUGUUCGAACCUGGCUGCCGUCACGUCGGCCUUGACAUCAAAGGAAAGGACCAGGCCAACCCAAGUGCUAUGAUUCUCUCUGGAUCUAUGCUUUUGCGUCAUCUCGGCUUGGAUGACCACGCUAACAGAAUCUCGAAGGCCGUGUACGACGUCAUCGGCGAAGGCAAAACGAGGACCCGUGACAUGGGUGGACAGGCGACUACGCACGAGUUCACCAGAGCCGUUCUGGACAAGAUGGAGACUGCUUUGUAA